AUGGUGGACAUGGCUUUUGAAUACUAUUUGGCAAGUCUCUUGUUUCUUGCAGUCAAUAGCACUACGAAGAAAAUGGUUGAAAAUUUGCAGUCUUGGAACGAUGUAAGGCUCGCAUGGAAUUCAUCCCAUUUUGAUGGAAUCGAAGGAUUCUUGAUCAAUAAAAAACUUAUCUGGAUAGUUGAUUUAUUACCAUGGGACAGCAGUUCUAUGACAGACUUAAGAGAACCCGAUGUACAACACGCUUACGUGAAUAGCAACGGUAACAUAGAACUUUUUGCUGUUAGGGUAAUUUCAUUCUCCUGUGACCUGAACGUCAAACAAUUUCCGCUUGAAAAGCAAGAGUGUAACGUUACUUUCGGGUCCGAGCCCUAUAAGUUGGAAGAACUUCACCUACAUCCCAAAUUGGCGGAGGACUUCUUUCAUGAGUUCCCUGAUAAUGAAUGGAGGGUCGUUGACGUCACAGCUGCAGAAAAUCAAGCAGACACGGUACCCUCGGCAACUUUCACGAUCCAUUUGCGACGAGGCUCGGCAUUUCACAUUGUUCUAAUAGUGAUACCAUCCCUUGUGCUUACGUUACUCUGUGUGCUUGGAAUGUUUUGGUCCAAAUUCGAUUGUACUAACUACCUUGAAAAGCUUGCACUCGGAUUUGCAGCCAUACUUGCAACGUGCACUAUUCUUCAAAUCGUAGAAACAUCUGUUCCCAAAACCAGCCAGUUGCCCUCGCUUACGAUAUACAUUGUGAUAAACCUGCUGCUGGAGACUGUGGCGAUAUCGACUGUUGUGAUUGCUUCCAAGAUUCGUUCGCCAUUAGAGCUCGCCAUCUCUAGUGCCAAAAUAAAGGACCGACUUCGUCGUUUCGCUUUCAGCUGGUGUAAGAGACUUCGGGUGUUUUGCUUAGUUGUAUUCCCUCUGGCAGCAGUCAUCAAUCUACUAACAUUACUGUUCAUGGAUGUAUGA